UGCUCAAGCAGUAUGAGCUUAUCCCGUUUAAUGCUACCUGCAUCACUGGACCUAAAAGGGCAGACUAAGAGACAUAUACUCUUAAAUGGUCCAUCCUCCAGAGGAAAACAAGAGGGAUCAAGGAUAAAACCAGGGGGAACAGAACAGGCUCAGAAGGUAGCAAAGGAAAAGCAAGAGGGCGUUAAAAACAGUGAACGAGCAAAAAAAAACAUCAAACCCCAGAAAAUCCCUCUUGAGCAAAGCAGCUGCCAGUCCAGAGUUUUAGGAGACAGAGGAUAGAAAGCAGCCUUGGGCUGAGGACCAUAGAGAGGAGAGAAGUGACUGGAAUGCAAAGAUGAGGAAAAGGCGUGUGCUACUGAUGCCCCCCAGUGUCCCUCCCCACUGUGUGGCCGUGCUAUGGCUGUUGAUGCUGCUGGGUCUCCAGGCCCUGGCUGUCUGCCCCCCUAUGUGCACCUGUAACCACAGCCACAGGGAGGUGGACUGUUCCUGGAGGGGCCUGAGGACGCUGCCCCUGGACCUGCAGCACAACCUGCACUCCCUCAACCUGUCUCACAACCGCAUCCACGACCUGGAUGGCCAGCUGAGUACCUUCGUCCACCUCCGCACCCUGGACCUGUCCCACAACAGGCUGGUCCGCCUGCCCACCGCUCUGCCUAGAGCCCUGUGGGAGCUCCACACUGCAGCCAACCGCAUCCAUCUGCUGGACAAGAACGACACAGCCUACCAGUGGAACCUGCGGGUCCUCGACCUGUCCAAUAACAAGCUGGAACGGGCCGUGUUCAUCAACAACACCCUGACCAGCCUGCGCCUGCUCAACCUCAGCCACAACCGCUUCUGGACCGUGCCUACCAACAUGCCUGCCAGCCUGGAGACCGUGGAUCUUUCCCACAACUCCCUGGUGCAGAUGCUGCCUGGCACUCUGGCACGGCUGUUCAGGCUGACCACCUUCUACCUACACUCCAACCGCUUCUCCUCUGUGGGCCCCGGGGCCUUCAGCCAGCUUGGCAGCCUGCGGCUCCUCUCCCUGGGGGAAAACCCCUGGGCCUGUGAGCACAAGACCAACAUCACCCACCUGCUGGCCUGGCUCAAGCACACCUCCACCCGCGUGCUGGGCUGCCCCUGCCACACUCACUCUGUCUGUGGAGAGCAUCCCCUGGACAGGACUGGAGGGUGGCACUUUGCCUCCUACACUCAGCCUCCCCUGGCUGCUGGUAAUCAGGAGGAGCAGAGCCACCCUCCUCCUCCAGAGGCCCUCACCAGGUGGCCUUGGUACCUGUCCGAGUCUGCCCUGCUCAACACCCAGCUCCACAACAGGAGAGCCCCAGGACGCCCCAGUGGAUCAGAGGACCACGACCUCUUCACAGACCAAUACCCGUUCACCUCCACCCCUCUAGCCAUUUCCACCCUGCCCACUGACAGGUCCCACACAGACAACAGAUUGACAAGCACAGACAACCCUUUCCUAACAGACACUGCAUUUACUACUGACAGCUUCUAUACCACUGACAACCCCUCUACCAUCACAAGGAGAACAGCCACCCUCCGCACCAGAAGUGUCAAGAGGCCUAACCAGGGUGGCUCCCCGGUACGCAACACCAGCCCAGCCCCCAGGUCUACACUCCCACUACUACUGAACCUGUGGUUCUUCCUGACUCACACCCGGUAUGUCCUCUGAAAAUUGAAGGAAAUGUCUGGAGUUGGAGUAAUGUCCUUGUCAGACUUUGGACAUACAACUGCACAAACACACACAAAUGAGUAUCAUUAAACCAACUUUGUUGUUUUCUUUCCAUUUUGAAUACUGUAAGACACUUACUCAAACAAACUCUUCUGCAUUACAUUAAUCAAUAACAAUAUACUGUAUGACUUGCACAGGCAGAAUCCAUGUUCACACCAUGCACACUAACACUACUAGUCUACCACUGUAUGGACAGUAUCAUUAUUGGGAUACUGAACAAAUACUUUAGUACUCACUAUCUGCAUAAAAGGUCCAAAGCAGCCAUUUUUAUCUCAAUAUCAAAUCAUUUCUGGAUAAUAAUUAAAUACCUUAGAGUGAUUGUUUUCAAUUAAAUUGUUCAAAAUUAGCUUCUUAGCAAAUAGCAAUUUCUCAAGCAAGAAUUUUGCUAGGACUGUCUGGGAGUGG